GCUGCGGAGGGAGGUCUCCGAGCAGCUCCCUGUAAAGGCCAGGUGGGGAGGCUGCAGCUGCUGAGGAGGAGGAGGGCUGGCGGCAGCGCAGGUGCUGCUCCCCGGGACCUUCCAGAGCUCGGGGAACGCGGAGGGGCCAUGUGGGCUCUCGGCAUCCUGGGCUGCCUGCUGCUGCUGCUGCCCGUGCCCCUGGUGGCAGGUGCCCGACCCUGCAUCCCCAAGGAUUUUGGGCACGGCUCGCUGGUCUGCGUCUGCAAUGCCACCUACUGUGACACGCUGGACCCUCUGGUAGUGCCAGCCCCCGGCUCCUACGUCAAGUACGAGAGCAGCAAGGCCGGCAAGCGGCUGGAGCGGAGCGAGGGCAAAUUCCAGAGCAGUCUGAGCACCCGAGGGCUGCUGCUGACGCUCAACAUCUCCGCGCUGUACCAGCACGUGAAGGGCUUCGGCGGCUCCCUCUCCGAUGCUGCUGCCAUGAACAUCCUGAAGCUGUCCCAGCCAGCCCAGGACAACCUGCUGCGCUCCUACUUCUCUGAGAGCGGGAUCGAGUACAACCUCAUCCGGGUCCCCAUGGCGUGCAGCGACUUCUCCGUGCGCCCCUACAGCUACGAUGAUGUCCCCAACGACCACGAGCUGAAGCACUUCAGGCUGGUGGACGAGGACGUGAAGAUGAAGAUUCCCGUCCUGCGCCGAGCUUUGGCCAUGAGCAAGCGGCCGCUGCUGCUGUUUGCCAGCCCCUGGACCGCCCCAGCCUGGAUGAAGAGUAACGGGGACGUCCGUGGGAAGGGGACUCUGAAGGGGAAGGCAGGGGACAAGUACCACAAGACCUGGGCCAACUACUUCAUCAAGUUCCUGGAUGAAUAUGCAAAACGCAACGUGACCUUCUGGGCGGUGACGGCCCAGAACGAGCCACUGGCGGGGCUCUUCACGCCCCCCCAGGCCCCCACCAUCGCCUUCACGGCCGCUCAGCAGCGGGAUUUCAUCGCGCAGGACCUGGGCCCCGCGCUGGCCCGCAGCCCCCACCGCACACGGCUCCUCAUGCUCGACGACCAGCGCAUCCACCUCCCACACUGGGCCAAAGUGGUCCUGGGAAAUGCCACAGCUGCCCGUUACGUGGCUGGCCUGGCUGUCCACUGGUACCUGGAUGCCAUUGUCCCACCUGACUGGAGCCUGGAGGCCACCCACAAGCUCUUCCCUGACCAUUUCCUCCUCUACACGGAGGCCUGCACUGGCUUCUUCAUGUUCCGCUUCGCCGUGUCCCUGGGCUGCUGGGAGCGAGGAGAUCACUACAGCUACAGCAUCCUGACGGUCAUGAACCACUUUGUGUCCGGUUGGACCGACUGGAACCUGGUCCUGGACAUGGAGGGAGGCCCCAACUGGGUCAAGAACUUUGUGGACAGCCCUGUCAUUGUGGAUGGCAGCAAGGAUGUUUUCUACAAGCAGCCCAUGUUCUACCACCUGGGGCACUUCAGCAAGUUCAUCCCGGAGGGCUCCCGGCGGGUGGGGCUGCACAGCAGCCGCCGCUGCCUCCUCUGCCAGCUGGAGCACGUGGCCGUCCUGCGCCCUGACGGUGCCCUCGUCCUGGUGGUCCUCAACAGGUUUGGCCGGGAUGUGCCCUUUGGAAUCUGGGACCCUGCCAUGGGAUUCAUUGAGACUGUGGCUCCAGCCCACUCCAUCCAGACCUACCUGUGGCGCCAGCAGUGAUACUCAGGGGAGUGCUGUGGGGCUCGGGGGGGGCUCUGGGGGUCAACUCUUCCUCCAUCCUUUCCAGCAUCCCUCACGGUGGAAGCAGAAGGUGACCCAUUGCUGGGAACGCAGCCCCUGCUCGAGGGGCUCCGUGCGCUCCUGGCCCCGGGACCUGCUGCUUCCCAGCCUCCCCUCCCUCCCUCCCGGCACUUCCCAUCCCCCUGGAAGUUCCCUUAGCGCCGUCUCCUGGAGCACACUUCCACACGUGGCCCCCUUGAAACCUUCGCGUGUGCCGCGGGCGCCAAGUAAAGCCAUGACGCGCUCCCUCCGGAA